UCAAGAUGGCUGCCGCAAGGUUGUCGUCCWCUCUAACGUUGGGACGAUUUUCUUUAAGUUCUUGGCUGAAAUGCUCGAAUAUAAUGGGCGUUUAUAAGCGAACUAUCUGCACAAUCAAUGCUCCUCAAUUACACCAUAKAGGUACUCAGACUAAAACAGACAGAACAACCACAAGAGUAAACAAUAAUCUUAUAUUACAACAAGCAAAACAGSUGAUCCAGKCUCCUUUUUCUACAUUUGCAAAGCAAGAWGCACACUGCAUUACAUCAAAGAUUAGCUCAUUUGCAAGUGGUGUGAGAMACCUUCCUACACUUAAUCAACUCCGUAGUAUAAAGCCUCGUACAAAGAAAAUGCAACCCAAGCCUUAYAUACCCAGAUCCGAGAAAGUUUUACURGGRCCCCAAAGAAAAGGUGUCUGCAUCAAAGUUUUUAUUCGUAAACCCAAGAAACCCAACUCUGCUCAGAGAAAAUGUGCUCUUCUGAAACUCAGCAAUGGAAAAACAAUCUCUGCUUAUAUCCCUCGUGAGAGGGGGCAGCUUCAAGAACACGGUGUUGUGUUAUUUGAAGGAGGUCGUGUCCAGGACUGCCCAGGAAUCAAGUACAAGAUUAUCCGUGGGAAACUGGACAUGAACUAAGAAGAUCUGGGAACAAAAUUAACAUAAGUAUAUAAAAAGACGCUACAGCAGCAUCAAUUGAAUGCCAUGACAUACAUUUCUAUUUUAUUUUUUUUUUCAAUAUUAUUGUUUUGAUAAACUGCCUUUAGUUGUUGUGAGUAUAGACCUUUGCAUGYGACAUCAAAGCAGUUUCAUCUGGAGGACAAAACAAAAGAUUUUUGCCCUCAUGGGAACUGGAGAAUCCAUUCUUUUGUCCUCCAGUUGGAGCUGCAUUCCCAUGAACUGCAAGGCGUCUAUACACCAUUCUCAUACCCAGACCAUCCUCACUGCAAAUUGGUGGUUGAAAUAUUUUUACUCUUAAAAACCUUCGAAUUUUUAGUUUGUAUUUGUAUGCUCUGAGAAAAAGUCUUUAAAUCCUCAGAAAAUCUAACCUCUCAGUUACAGACAUUUGUUUGUGGAAGGUAUCCUGGUGAACUACAUACCAUAAUAUGUUUUCAACUCAGGUUAUGGGAAAUCAAAAGCUUGAAAAUGUUUCACAAAGAGUAGGGAAAUAGUGUGCAUAGUUACAGCGAAAAUCGUUGCAUCGCGUCUUCUUCGUUUCGAAGUUUGUUUUGAUUUUGUUCUUUCCUUCGAUCGAAGAGGCGAAGCUUAUCAUAAACUCGUUCAGUCAUUGGCUGAUUUGCAGCAAGCUCCGCUCCCAAGUCACAGAAAAACCUAAAUUCUAAUGAUUUCUUUUGAACAUUGAAGUCGCGAUGCAACGGUUUCUGCUGUAAGUGCCAUGGAAACUGUAGUCAAAUGGUUAACAGGGGCUACCCAGAGUCAGUGAGUGAGGCAGUGGGUAUGAGAAUGGUAUAAUGCAAAAUAAUGAUACUAUAAGAUCCUCAUAGGGGGAGAUCUGGGGACAGAUCAUCCUURCAAUCUUCUGUUGUGACACACAGGUUUGAUCCAUUGUAAUAAUUAGAUAACCUGUCUCCAGACCUCCUGGUACAGAUAUGGAUUUUACAAUUGUCAGGCUCAUAAUUUGCUGUUCAUUUGUUUAUUUAAUGGCUUAGUUUGUUCAAAGAUAGAAUUUCCACAGGAAUAUGGAGUCAAUCUUGAAAGAAAGGAAAUUGUCCAAAAACACUUAAAUGUAUUUCAUUAGAAAUGGUGUAAAUCGACUUAAUUUCCAUCAGGUUGAUGCCAAACAAAACGCUUCAGAUUUUGUCUUUUUAUGUAAUUCAUAUUUCACGUGAUCAUGCAAACUCAAUGUCAUUCCCCCAUGAUAUGGAGAAAGAUUAAUUUUCAUUACUUGAUUGUUUUUCCUGGUGUUAUCCACUUU